UCGCCCUGGGGGCGGUGCUGUCCCGACCCAUGGUGCCAGUUCAGGGAACUCAGGGAUUGACCGCGGUUGCACUUGCUUGGUGCUUUGCACCAUCCUAGCUUUUCAGUUGGACUUGCCCCUGCCUGUAGGACAGGUCUGGAUCCAGGUCACAGCCUGGUUUCUAGUGGUAGCACCAGAAGGCAUCACCUUCCCACAUUGCCUUGCUUCUGCAUCUGGGGAGACAGGAGGAUGCUGGAUAGGGGUCAGGAAUCAGGAGUUGUGACAGAGAGGAGCCAGAAAGAGCCUCAGCCACUGGAUAAGGCUGAUCUGUGGCUGUGCUGCAAGGACUGCAUCCAUGAAAAACAGUGCAAGAUGCACUGCAGGCAGCUCCUGGGCGGUAAAACCAGGGUGAAAGGCCCGGUGGAGAGAGCCCAGCAAGCAGGCUUCUCACCAGGGCAGCUGCCAGGCCCCGGCUCAACUCCUGCUCGCAGCUGGGGAGGUUUGCUUGAAAAGCUCAUUUUUCUGGGUUGUUACUGAAACAGCUCCUUUUAUUCCUGCAGCCAGGCCCAGCCAGAGCAGCAGGCAGACUCCGCCACGCAGUCAGACAGGUCUGAUGGCACGCAGCAUCCCCCCUCCGCUCAGCGUCUGGACGCAAUAAAGACCUCCCUGGCCAGCGGUUUUCUAUUCAGUUUACCCAGAGGUGCGCAGCGUGAUGUCCAUGCUGUACCACGCUCUGAUCGUAGCUCUCUGGGUCGGCGCACAGGCAGCACCACAGCUGGAGGACCGUGCCCCAUGGGGGUGUCCUGCAGGAGCCACCACGCCAGACACCCCCCGGACUAGAGCACAGCAGGGCCCCCCGCCUGCUCCGCACAGCCCCCCGAAGGCCGACCGCAGGGAAGCCGGGCCCACAGCCAACGUCACCGUGGAUCCCAGGCUGUUCAGGAAGCGGCGGUUCCGGUCCCCUCGCGUUCUGUUCAGCACGCAGCCCCCGCCCGUGUCGGGGGCCAGGCGCAGCACCGAGCCCGCGCACAGCACGCACCCCCACAACAGGACGAUGCGAGCCAAGCGGAUGGCCCACCCCGUGCUGCACCGCGGGGAGUUCUCGGUGUGUGACAGCGUCAGCAUGUGGGUCGGGGACAAAAGCACGGCCACUGACAUCAAAGGCAAAGAGGUGACAGUGCUGGGAGAGGUGAACAUUAACAACAAUGUUUUCAAGCAGUACUUUUUUGAGACCAAGUGCAGGGACCCCAAGCCAGUCUCCAGUGGGUGCCGGGGGAUCGAUGCAAAGCAUUGGAACUCCUACUGCACCACGACACACACCUUUGUCAAAGCGCUGACCAUGGAAGGCAAGCAGGCUGCCUGGCGGUUCAUCCGGAUUGACACCGCCUGCGUGUGCGUGCUCAGCCGGAAAUCAGGAAGACCCUGACACGGAACAAGCCUGGUGACCACAUCCUCCCACCCCCUACCUCAGCCUGUAAAUUAUUUUAAGUUAUAAGAAUUGCAUGGUAUAUUUAUAGUUUAUACAUUAAAAAGAGAUCCUCGUUAUUUAUUAAACAUUUUGGGAAGCCCUC